AUGAAUGAAAAGAAUGAAAAGAAAGAUUCCCCAGUUAUUAUUACUCAAAAUUUUGUAGAUCGUUUACGUAGUAAAAGCAAGCGUCGUUUCCGAGCUAUAAAACGACAAUCCGUUUUUGCACCUGUUGAAAAUGCUCGAUUAGACCGGUUAGUUGCUAAAGAAGCAGAAGAUAUCAAUACACAAAUCAUACAUCAACAACUACAAAAAGAAGAAACUAAAGAAACUUCGACAGGAAUGGAAGUCGAUAUUCCAAAGAUCUCUACAAGUGGACCAAGGAAUAGUAGACAUUAUAAAAGAAAACUUAAACGAAAAGGGAUAAUUUAA